ACCAAAGGAGGCAUUAUGCUUCCAGAAAAAUCUCAAGGAAAAGUCCUGCAAGCCACAGUCGUUGCUGUUGGGUCCGGCUCGAAAGGAAAGGGUGGAGAGAUCGAACCAGUGAGUGUGAAAGUUGGAGAUAAAGUUCUUCUCCCUGAAUAUGGAGGCACCAAAGUAGUUCUAGAUGAUAAGGAUUAUUUCUUAUUUCGAGAUGGUGACAUUCUUGGGAAGUAUUUGGACUAGAGUAGACCACUGUUGAAAUGGCAUCAUGUGAAGCUGCCCAUU